CUAUGGAGGUGUCACCGUUCAGCUUCACACUAGAGAGAUACUGGACGGAGGAGAAAGAGAGGGCGCUCAUAGCGUUUUUCUCCAAGCACAGUUGUCUGUGGAACCACAAGUCUGAGAGCUACAAGAACAGACAGCUGCGAUGGAAAACUCUGGAACACCUGAGGAUCCUUCUGUCAGCCCACCCCCCACCUGUUCCCUUCACAGUGGAAGACAUUAAGAAUAAGUUCAAGAACCUUCGUACCACCUUUCAGCGUCAGUACAAAAUGGUAAAGGCAAGCAAGGUGUGCAAGGGAGAAGAUGUGUUUGUGCCACAGUGGAAACACUACCAGCAGCUGAUGUUCCUGCAGGGCUGCUGGGACCAGGAUGACUGUGUUGAUGAGCAGCCACUGUCGCCGCUGACUCUUCCACAGGCGGAGACACAGUCUGUCCUUACAUCACCAGGACUGAUCAUCUCCUUCCUUCCCACCCCAUCCACCUCCUUCCCCUCCACCUCAUCUUCCUGCGUUCCCUCCAACAUGAUGGUUAAAUGUUACUGGACUGAAGAGAGGGAGCGUGCCCUGAUAGCCUUUUAUUCCGAGCACAACUGUUUGUGGAACAAGAAGUCUGAAAACCACAACAACCGUCAGCUCAGACUGAGUCUACUGGAGGCUCUGAGAGGCCAGCUGUCUGAUCACUCAGUGUCUUUCACAGUCGAAGACAUAAAGUGCAAAUUCAAGAACCUUCGGACAGUUUUUAACCGUGAAUAUAAGGCGGUCCAGGCGAGCGGGGUGUCUAACAAACUCUACGUGUCCAAAUGGAAACACUACCAGCAGCUGUUCUUCCUCUGUGAGUCCUGCGAUGAAGACAACAGCACAGACAACCUACAGAUACUAAUGCCACAGGAAGACGAGGACCUAGACAAUGGAAACCAAACACCAUCUUCCACCCUAAGCAGCCUGUCUUCCAGUUCCACCCAAACCAAUAGCAUCAAGGUCAAUAAAAACUCUGCUCUCUCCAACUCCAGUCAGAGCAACGACAAAACCCAUACCGCUGCAUACCAAAUCCUAAUCUCUGCAUCUCCAGACAGUCUCAAUCUAGCAAGUCAAACAGCUCCUUCCACACUCCCAGUCUCUCUAUCUACUUCAUCACUAGACACCAAACCUUGUACAAAGCCCUCUCCUCUAAAUUUCUCUGUAUCCGGUCCAGUUCAGUCAGACAGCAGACUGAGCACAGACCCCCGCUGCCACUGGAGUGAGGACAAAGUUCAGCAACUCAUAUCAUUUUACUCUGAGCAAAGCUGUCUGUGGAACCACAAGUCAGAGAGCUACAGAAACCGUCUACUCAGACAGAGUCUGUUGGAGACUCUGAGCCGCCUCCUGUCUGAAAAUGAGCCGGUCCCAUUCACAGUGGAAGACAUCAAGACAAAGUUCAGGAACUUGCGAACCAUUUUCCAACGUGAGCACAAGGUGGUGAGCUCAAACAAAACAUGUGGAUCAGAGGACUUUUACCUUCCAAAGUGGAAACACUACCGGGAGCUGAUGUUCCUCUGUGACUCCUGUGAUGAGGAUGAGCGACCUGAAGGCCUCCACUGCCACCAACCGGAGGAAUCCGGCCUCCUCCAUCUGGACAGCCAAGCCCCACCCUCCUCCCUACACUACCAUACUGCCACUCAAACUGCUACCAAAGGGAACAUCACACCACGAAGCCUUAAAGCCCCACCCUCACCUACUCCCCCAGACUCUCAGCACUCGUCCCCCUCUUCCUCCCCAUCCCCCUCCACAUCCUCCUCUCAUACUAACAGCCGAUUGUCGGGCCGCAAACGAGCAAGCCGCCUGGCGUCACCCAACAUGAACGAAAUGCUGGAUUUCAUGAGGAUGUUCUGUCAAAGUCGAGCGGUGUCACCGCACGCCGGGUUCAUGAAAUACGUUGAGGAGUGUCUGAAUGAGAUGCCGCCAGAAAAAGUGAAAAAACUGAAGAAGAAGAUCAUUGAGACGAUCCACAGCGUGUCAGAGGAAGUUUAGUGUUUCCUGUUUGAGGAGCUUAAGUCGGAAUCAGUGAAGUGAUUUUUUUCUAAUUGAGUCUUAUUCUUGUUGCUUUAGCCAUCAUAAUUCACCAACUGUCAUCUCAUUCUAAGUUACAGGCCGCUGACAGUCCAAUAAGUUGUUGCUGUCAUUUUGCUUAAAGGAUUAAAUUGAUAGCUACCGAGACAUCAGCAUACUACUAGCGACUACUACUUACUUCUAAACUGAACUUUGUCACCUUUGCUGGACUUUCAGCCCAAUGUAACUAACAUGUUAGCAUAUUUUAGCUUUUAAAUACACAUUGAUCAUGCAGUGACAUGCUGACAAUAUACUAAUGUAUCUGCUUGCAUGUUAACAUGCCAUUACUAAUGCUUGCAUGUGGAACUUUGCCACUUAGAAUUGGUUCUCAAAUUUAAUGUUCAGAUUUCAACAGACAUGAACAAUUAGCAUUUCAUUUUCGCUAAUAAAAACAAGUUACAUGCUUUACUACACACCAGCAUAUUAACUUGUCAAAGGUAGCAUUUUAAAAUGCAAAAGGUUUGCAUCUCAGUAUUAGACCUAGGGACAUUCUGUCAUGAAAGUGUUUGGCAAGUGGACAUUUUUAUUGACAUGAGAAACAUCAGGGGAUCACCAAAGUCAUAUGACAUACUGGACCAUGUUGGGUUGAUUUACAACUCCGUCUGGAUGUCACUAGUGUGGAUAAAACCACAACAGAAAGAAGUAUUUUGAAAGCACUAUAGUAUUUUCAAAUUUGUUGUGACUAGCUUUGUUGCCAAAACUUGAUCCAGAGAGCAUUCACAAAAGACAAAAUUGCAUGAAAUCAUUCCCUGUGCUCAAUGUACACUUUUACUAAAGGUAAUGUUCAGACCUUUCCAAGAAAUCUACCAGUGUCUAAUGCUUUGUGUUGUUCAAGAGAAAUGUUUUUGUUCAGCUGAAUGUUCAGUUCAUUCAGUUGAACAUGACAUUUUUACAGCUAUCUUCAGUCUUCAUCGAAAGAUGCCAACCUCUAGUUUCCUGGUGAAUUUGAGACAUGAUUUUGAUGCUUACAGAACAAUUCAGACAUUAAAAACUCACUUUUGUCACUUUAGUUUUCUGAAGAACUAAAAUUCAGAAAGGCAAUUCAAACAAACUUCUUCGACAUGUAAUGUACCUCUUUAUUUAUUUUAGUGUAAGCACUUAUGGGGGAAAUCGACAUUAUUACCAAAGAAGUUUUUUGAAAUGUUGAAAGAGUUUGAAGACUGUCAGUCAUUAGUCAACUAAUUUUGUCAAAAUGUAACCACAGUUCACUUUUAAAUGUGCUUCAUUCUUGGACAUGUUAUCAUGAAAAUGUGAAAUUCGACCAUUUAAGCACUGUACUUUUAAAUAUGACAUCACUCUGAGAUGUUAUAUUUAGCUUUUCUUUUUUAAUCAACAAAGUUUUAUUCCAAUGUCAAGCUUACUAUCAGUUGUAAAAAUAUUUAAAGUUUAUAGAUCUGUAAGUUGUCUUUUUUUUUUUUUAAUCUAUGCAUGUAAAAGGUUUUUAAAAAUUCUAUUCCUGUUCAGUUUUAAAUAUUUAGGUUAUGGUUGAAUCUAAAUUUCUUGAAGCAAUUAUGGUUAUUUUGUAGUACUGGCUGUGAAACAUUUGUGAUUUUUUUUUCUUGUAUUGCACAUUUAUAUAAGAAUAAUUUUAUAUCCUUUCUCUGUUGUUUGCACAUUUGUUAAAAUUUGACUUAGUGCCUUAUCAGAAUCACAAUAACUGCAUUUCCAAUCACAAACAUAAAACAGGUGCUCUGUUCUGUUCUGGUCUGCCGAGGGGAAAAUGCAAUGGUGCAUCACAUUAAAUGUUGCUGUGGCAAGGAAUUG